AUGACUCAUGUGAAAUUUCGGCGUAAUGGCGCAUGAACAAAAGCCAAAUAGGAAUGUCACGCGGUGUGUCAAUGUGUGGUUGCGCGGUGGUCAAGGUACAUCCUAGCGUAAUUCUAAAGUCGGUAUGUCUGGAACGAGAGUUUAUGUAGGCGGAUUAAGUUACCAAGCCAGGGAACGUGACAUAGAACGAUUUUUCAAAGGAUAUGGACGGAUUCGUGAAAUAAUGCUUAAGAAUGGCUUUGGAUUUGUUGAAUUUGAGGACCAUCGUGAUGCAGACGAUGCUGUGUAUGAAUUGAAUGGUAAAGAGCUUUGUGGAGAAAGGGUGGUAUUAGAACACGCUAGAGGUACCCCACGGGGUUCUGGUGGCGGGCACCCAGGUCCUAAUGGUGGCAGAAGAGGGGGCCGACCCUGGGAACGUGACAGCGGCCGUGACAAUCGGUAUGGACCACCGCAGCGGACAGAUUAUCGCCUUAUUGUUGAGUCUCUAUCCAGUAGAGUCAGCUGGCAGGACCUGAAGGACUACAUGAGGCAGGCUGGUGAGGUGACCUAUGCUGACGCACACCGUGGUAGGAAGAACGAGGGUGUUGUAGAGUUUGCAACCUACAAUGACAUGAAGAAUGCUAUCGACAAGCUGGACGACACUGACCUGAACGGCCGUCGUAUUAAGCUGGUGGAGGACCGGCCAAGCAAGUCCGGUCGCAGCCGUCGCAGCCGCAGUCGGUCCCGCUCCCCCCGCUCUCGCAGCCGCAGCCGCAGCAGAUCCAGGAGCCGAUCCAGGUCCCCACGCUCGAAGUCGCGCAGCAAGUCUCGCUCCCGAACCAAGUCUCCCAACAAGGAAGCCAAGGACAAGAAGAGCAGAAGCCGAUCGCGCAGCCGAGACGUUUCGAAAUCGAAAUCUCGCUCGCGGUCGCCGAGAUCCAAGUCGCACAGCCGCUCGAAGACACCGGAGGAGAACAACAAACAGGAGGUUAAGGACGAGUGAGCGGGAGGUGUGUGUGUGUGUGUCCCCCCUCGUCUGUGACGAGCAUGUGGCGUUGACAUUGUCAGUCGUCGCGCCGUUCAAUAACAGAUUGACGCUUGCACGUGUCUGUGAGUGAAAGGCGAGGUUUUGUAUUUCACUACUAGUGGGCAAAAUGAUAAAACAGUUACCCUGUAGUGGUAUGAUACCUGUGUGCUGUUUCAUUAUUCCCCCUCGUGUCUUACGGAACAGUACUAGUUGUUUCCAUCUGCAUACUGUAUGCUAAUCAUAGCAACGCAAGCUAUACUACCAUAGCAUGCAAUUGUGUGCUGCACAUCUAUAGUGUUCCAGUCUUUGUGUUGACGAUUUGUUUAACAUAAUUUUAGUCUUCAGAUUUCUGCCACCAUUUUAGUUGGUAAAAGAAUUAUUGGCACACCUUUAAACCGUAGUACGUGUCAAUUAGUGUGGUGAAACACCGUGUUAUGGUGCAGAAUCUGCCUUUUCCACAGGAGAAAAUAGUUGGAAUGCGUGUUGCCGAUGCAUCCUAGUUAGGACCUAAACUAUGCUUCUGUAACUGACGGUUUUUCGCGUCCACUUUGAAUUUGGAAUCUGUGCGGAUUCUAUUGCGGUGUAAAUUAUAUCGAGGGGUGCGAGUCCAGUUCCAUGUACUAUCCAGUGAGAGAAAAGAAUAGUUGCUAUCCGUAUCGUUUUGUGGCCAUGAUUUUGACAUUCCAGUUUUUGCACCAAUUCUUAAACUCGUAAAGAUAAGUUUUUGGAGGCAGUAAUGUAGUGUAACAAGCCUACAUCUAGCUACUUACUUAUCUAUAUUAUUCUAUGCUUUACUGCUGUCAUGUGUUUUUGGUUAAAUUGAGAGUGCAUCACUGUGCUUCUAGUGAUUCAGUUUUCAAUGUAGAAAGUGUAACUCUGCUGUACAAAAAUGGCCGAACAAGAUUGUUUUUAUUCAUCACUGUCUUUAUUAUUCAGAUAAUGUAAUGUAAUUUGUCUUAUGGUGAGAAAAUAAUAAAUGGACAACAUAAAAUGUU